AUGGCGAGAGGAAGGACCUGGUGCACUCGCCGCAACUGCGCCUUCCGCCUUCCGCUUGCCACCGGCGUGCGCUCCUGUGCUCCUGCCACACCGGACGAAAAGGCAAAGCUUCGAUUUGAUUCCAAUCUGCAACCUCGCGACUUCGCGACUUCGCAACUUCACAUCUUCACUGGUCCAGAGAUCCCCCUCCUCAACAACGCCUUCUGCAGCACCCCUCCCACCGUCCCACGGCUUUGUACAGUACACGGCACACCAAAGUCAAAGUCGCGGUGUGCGCAAUUCCCUCACUUCGCCGGUCAUCCCACGAAUCAGGCACAGCCGCCGGUCAACCCCGACCGCUGGGGUGCUGCUGCAUGGUGUCUCGGACGCCGAAAUCGCUCGCCCGCCGUUGCAGAUACCAUCUCCCGACAACCCAUCUGGACCAGCGGACGCGGCAUUCUGUUCCUUGGCUCCUUUCGCCGUCGCCGACAAGACGCCGCGGUAAAAUUUGAUCCAUCUAUUUCCUUACCAUUCGUCUGCGGGAACCAAGACGAGGCGAGACGGGGCGAGGCGACGGAACACAAAGCAAGAGAUCCGGCUCACCACAGUCUCCAAGACCUGGACCUGGACCUUGACCUUACGAACAAUGACCAUACCCUCUGCUCAAUUUGCCGCGAAGAACGACUGGCCUGGAAGCUCGACAAGCGGAAGCAAACGAGCCGGUACGAGGGCCAAUUCGAUAGACAGCGUCCUAUCCAUCCCGUCUUGCAGCGGCCUUUGGCCCUCUCAUUUAACGGUUACUGCGUUGGUCCUUGGUGCAAGACGAUAGCGAGGCAAACACGGCUCUUCAAAUCCAAACCAGCCAACCAGGGCCUGUCAGUUGUCCGUCAUUCCACCGACCCCGGCCCCGUCCCCACCGGGGAACAAGCGGCCGGUAUCCCGCUGUCUCAAGAUUUCAGAAAGGACCUGGACCAGGUUCUAGAAGGACGGGGCACGCUCUGGCGCACUUGA